AAGGAAAAAGUCCAAAGAGUUAAUACUUCAUAAACCCAUCAUUAAAAUAACAUUUCAUCUCAGCCAUUAAAUUUCAAAGCAUCUCAACCGUUCGUCUUUUUUUUUUUUGUUCUUUUCUUUUCUUCUCAAUCGUUGGUUUGUUGAAGUUGAGCCAUCAUUAUAACCCUAGAAGAGCAGAUCCUCCCAACCCUCAAGGAUCUUAAGGCGCAACACUUAGAAGAGUCCUGUAAGUUUUUCUCUGUAAAUUUGUUCUGUAAAUUUUCUUAAGCCAUAAUUUUCAUGCAAUAUUAUCAUGAAAAUUUGUUCUGUAAAUUUUCUUUUUCGUUCUUGUCAGAGACAAAAGAUCGGAUUAUGACGAGUUUUUGAACCAAACAUGUCAUAAUUAUAAUACACUUCAGAGGAGGUCAGUAUCAGUUAAACCAGUAUCAAGUUGCCUAAUCAUAUUACUUCUCAUCAUUAUUACUUUCCAUGUUGAUACAAACCCAAUUUAACAUUACUUUCCAAGUUGGUGCAGACCAAAUUUAACGCGCGCAAUCUAUAUAAAAUUGUUUUUUUUUUUUUUUAAUCAAAUAAAGCAAGCAAAACUUAGUGUCUUUAUGAAUGUGCUUGUUCAUUUAUACACAAAAUUGCUUUCUUGUUUGGUUUUUAUAUCUCUAAUCAGUUCAGUUUCUCCUCCUUCUAUCUCUUGGAUCUGCAGAUUUUAUUUGUUAAAUUAUGCAGAGAACUGUAAGUUCAAAUUCCAUGGAGAAAACCACUAAACCCUCCUCCUCAUCAAUAUGUUGUGCUCAAAACUCAAGUGAUAAGGAUGAUAAAGGAGUAGGGUUGUGUUUGGAGGAUCGCAUUGGUGGACUUCCUGAUGUUAUACUCGUUUCAAUCUUGUCACUAUUGACAAUGAAAGAAGCUGCAAGAUCUAGUCUGAUUUCAAAGAGAUGGAGGUACAUGUGGACAUACGUUACUCGUAUGAACUUUGAUGCCUCAAGUAUAAUCGAUGGAAUUCUACUCGGAGAUAAGGAAGUUGAAGCGGAAAGGCCUUUGUAUUUGAGUUGGGUUAAUCAAGUCUUGAAAUCGCACAAUGCUCCAACUAUAGAUGAAUUCAGAGUUCAAUUUGAUCUUGAUGAAACUUGCAGAUUUGAUAUUGACAAUUGGAUUAACUUUGCGAUGGAAAAGAGAGUUAGAAGUCUUAAGUUAGACUUGAAAGAAUUGACUGAAUAUGAUAGAGAAGUGGGAGAGAAUUACAAAUUUUCUCACACAAAUCACCUUCAUUCAUUGUCUAUUGGGUUUACUAACUGCAACUCCCUUACCAACCUCGUGUUGUCACAUGUCGAUGUAAGUGGACGAGUUCUUGAGUACAUCUUAACUACCUGUCCAUCUUUGGAACAAUUGUCUGUGCAAGAAUCUGAAAGUCUCGUAAAUCUGAAAGUUCCCGAUCUAUCACUCAAAUUGAAGCAUUUGGAGAUAACUUAUAUGCUUCAAUGUGAAAAAUAUUGAGAUUUUUGCAAUGAAUCUCAUGUCAUUUAAUUACUUCGGACCAAAAAUAAACCUGCCAUUUAAGACCGCCCAGGAGCCUAUUGAAUUGUAUGUUGGAGGUGACUAUUGCAAACAUCUUAUUUAUAACUUUAUAGGGAUUUCAAGCCAUCUUUCUCGGCUAGAGAGCCUUACGUUGGAGUUCACCUCUAUCAGGAGGGUUAGUAAGUUUAACUAAUUCAUUUUAUAUCCUCCCUUUAAAUUUUUAUUUAUUUAUUUAUUUAUUCUUUUCUACCAAUUAUUACUCUGCUGAUUUAGUUUUUCUUUGGUUUAUUCAGAAUCAAAUUCAGUUUGUUAAAUUUUCUGUAUUUCAUAAGCUCAAGCAGCUAGAGUUGAGAAUUACUGCUGAUGAUAAUGAAAGCCUUAUGGUUUUUACCCCCCUGAUUGAGGCAUGUCCUUUCUUGUAUAAAUUUGUGUUGGAGUUUAUAUUGGACAGAUGCAUACCAUUCAGAAAAUGGCAAAGUGUUAAAAUUUGGCCCCAUCAGUGCCUUAAGGUGGUGGAAUUCGUUGGAUUUGCGGGGCAUAUAAUUGAUGUUGAACUUGCAAUGUAUUUAAUCAAGGGUCCUGCCAAGCUUGAGAAGAUUACUUUUGAUACUCGCAGAGCAUCUCUUAAAGGAACUCCAUGGGAGUUUGAGGAGACCAAGUAUAAAAAUGUAGCUAGAAAGCGUGCGGAGAAGUUUCGAACCAAGCUUCCUGCUGGAGCAGUUUUGGUUAUCAUUUAAUUAAUCAUAUGUUUCUAUAACCUAAUGGCAGUAGAUCUCUAUCUUUUCCUUUCUAUAAGCUAUUGGCAGUAGAUCCUUCUCUUGUAAAUUUAUUUGGAUUGUUGAAUAAUUUAUUUGAUAUUUAUAUACAAGAUGGUUGAAUCUUGAAAA